AUGGCACAACCUACGUAUCUGCCAGUCGAAGUAGUAGAGCUGAUUAUAAAAUAUGCCUGGAAAACAGCUCAAUUCCUACCACUUGAUGAUUAUAAUAGUGCGGACAGUCAGUUUCUAAAUCCGAACUCAAUUACAGAGUUACUCCGAUUGCGAUUGAUAGGAAAGUCGUGGGCAAUGAUCAUCCCGCCAUUGGUCUUGAACGCAUUGGAGUUGAAAUCUGCUCGGGCAAAGAAAUAUGUUAACUUAUUACUGUCAAGUACCAUAAAACUGUCAAACACAAUCAACUUGCGACGGCUUUCGUUAAACGGGGUUUUAUAUCUGCCUGAGAAUUGGGCUGUGUCGUUUGUCGGAAAGGUCACUAACGAGGAUCUCUUGCAACUGAACUUCGAACAUCAACACUCCUCAACGCACUCCAUCCGCAUGAAAGAUGCAGCAAAAAUUGUCAGUUUGUGCGGAUCCAGCUUAACAGAUUUUAAAAUUUGUUUCACCAAUGGUGUCGGGUUCUCCAAGGAUUUCAUACAUGUGAUCGGUAACGUGAAGACUUUGAAGGUAUUAAUAAUACAAGGUUCGAGCUGUCAAGACCAGAUGAACAAUUCGGAGUCUCUAAUAACGGUGUUGAACGCUGCUACAGCUUUAGAAUCUCUGUCUUUAAAAUUCUCAAAGUUAGCGUCUUUGACUCUGGACUCAGGAGCAUUACGCCAUCUAAUCCAUUUGUGGGUAGAUUGUCAUGCACUUAAUCACGACGCGGUGGUUGACUUUUGUCAUCGUCACGGCAGCUCAAUCAGACUGCUCGAGUAUGUACCAACGGACUACUUAAACGACGAAACACCUAUGCUUUUAGCGGUGAAGGAGACGUUGGAGGCAAUCUUUGUUGCGAUGAUGCCAGAUGACAUCCCGUAUGAACUACAAGACCAUUUAUUUCCGACGCUCCGGGUUCUGAAGAACAUGUUCAUCAACCCGCGUCAUGAGGAACCGCUAUGGUUAACAUGGGGAAUAUUUCAAGAAGUAGAAGUUUAUAUUACUUAUUACUCGGAGACUGCCGAUUAUUGGCGGAGGAUGCUCAAAGAAAAUCAUAGGCUCGAGUUUCCGAAAAAUUUAAAGCAAUUUAUCUUCUUAACCGAGGAAAGCAAUUUGUUAGGGGACGAGAUUUUAGUAGCGCUUCUGAAGCUUCGGCAUAUUAAUUGUAGUUUUGAAGCACGACUAAAUUAUUCUGAUAUAUUAGUGAGUACAAAGUCUAACUUAAACAUGAGGUCAGAGGUGUUAAUGUAA